CCCCCGCAGCCGGCCCCGCCGCCGCCGCCCGCGGCGCCCCCGGCCGCCCCGCCGGCGGCCCCCGCGGCGCAGACGCCCCAGCCCCCCACCGCCCCCAAAGGGGCCAGCGACGCCAAGCUCUGCGCUCUCUACAAAGAGGCCGAGCUGCGCCUGAAGGGCAGCAGCAACACCACCGAGUGUGUCCCCGUGCCCACCUCCGAGCACGUGGCCGAGAUCGUGGGCAGGCAAGGCUGCAAGAUUAAGGCUCUGAGGGCCAAGACCAAUACGUACAUCAAGACGCCGGUGCGCGGCGAGGAGCCCGUGUUCAUGGUGACCGGACGGCGGGAGGACGUGGCCACAGCCCGACGGGAGAUCAUCUCAGCGGCCGAGCACUUCUCCAUGAUCCGCGCCUCGCGCAACAAGUCCGGCGCCGCCUUUGGCGUGGCUCCCGCCCUGCCGGGCCAGGUGACCAUUCGCGUGCGGGUGCCCUACCGCGUGGUGGGGCUGGUGGUGGGCCCCAAGGGGGCCACCAUCAAGCGCAUCCAGCAGCAGACCAACACGUACAUCAUCACGCCGAGCCGCGACCGCGACCCGGUGUUCGAGAUCACGGGGGCGCCGGGGAACGUGGAGCGCGCGCGCGAGGAGAUCGAGACGCACAUCGCCGUGCGCACCGGCAAGAUCCUCGAGUACAACAACGAGAACGACUUCCUGGCGGGGAGCCCCGACGCCGGGCUGGACAGCCGCUACUCCGAGGCCUGGCGUGUGCACCCGCCCGGCUGCAAGCCGCUCUCCACCUUCCGCCAGAACAGCCUGGGCUGCAUCGGCGACUGCGCCGUGGACUCGGGCUUCGAGGCGCCGCGCCUGGGCGAGCAGGGCGGGGACUUCGGCUACGGCGGCUACCUGUUCCCGGGCUACGGCGUGGGCAAGCAGGACGUGUACUACGGCGUGGCCGAGACCAGCCCCCCGCUCUGGGCGGGCCAGGAGAACGCCACGCCCACCUCGGUGCUCUUCUCCUCCGCCUCCUCGUCGUCGUCCUCGUCCGCCAAGGCCCGCGCCGCGCCCCCGGGGGCGCACCGCUCCCCCGCCGCCUCCGCGGGGCCGGAGCUGGCCGGCCUGCCCAGACGCCCGCCGGGGGAGCCGCUGCAGGGCUUCUCCAAACUGGGCGGCGGCCUGCGGAGCCCGGGCGGCGGGCGGGACUGCAUGGUGUGCUUCGAGAGCGAGGUGACCGCCGCCCUGGUCCCCUGCGGACACAACCUCUUCUGCAUGGAGUGCGCAGUACGCAUCUGCGAGAGGACGGACCCGGAGUGUCCCGUCUGCCACAUCACAGCCACGCAAGCCAUCCGAAUAUUCUCCUAAGCCCCCUGCCCCGGGCCUCCGGGCUCCCUCCCUGGGCCGAGGGCGCCCCCACCUC